UUCAUCUGUUGAAGAAGCGUUGCUGUCUUUUCAGCACCACGGCGAGUCACUUCGGAACUGCAAGUUAUCAAGAAACAUCUUCAUCGUCAUUGGAUUUUUAUCAUUUUUCAUGUUUAUUUUUCUUUCGAAUAUAGUAUACUUUACUCAUUUGAAGAACGCUUUCAGUGGUCAAUUAUAGAUUGUUUAAAAUGAUACAUGUGUAAUUUAAAGCGCAAAUAUUUUCAUUCGCGGCGCUUACACAUUCAGUCGUGCUCGUACUGAUAAAUAUAUAUCCCCUUGCAUUUUGUCGUUUAUAAAGACUCAGUUAUUUAAAAAUGUGCUUUUGACAGCUCCGGAAUUCUGGACUAAAACCAUUCGUCUGAUUAAAGACAAAAAUCAAGUAAAAAUACUAUUCAGAAGGGCAGCAGAGUUUCCGGAUAUCACUGGAACUCGCACGCUCGUGUGAGAGAAGUUAAGUUGCUGCAACAGCCUGCAAUAGGUAGCUUACUGUAAUCUUUAUUCUUGUCGCCGGUAUGUUCGUCUUCGUCGUUGGACUGCUUUACUUUUACGCGGUGGGUAGCGGGAGAAUUGUGCGAGGUCAUGACGCCAAGGGUACCCGCUUUGUUUGCAGUGCGAUUCCCAAAAACGUGGAUCCGAGCUGCUCGUUUCCCCCGAAUCCCAUGCAGAGCACGAGUGCGCAGGAGGACGAGCUGAAGGGCACGGUCAUGCAGCUGCGCGAGACCGUUCUGCAGCAGCGGGAGACCAUAGUUAACCAACAGGGCACAAUCAAGGAGCUGACCUCGAAACUUUCGCGCUGCGAGACCUCCGCCCUGGACUCACCAAAUGACGGAAAAUAUCCAGGUCAAGGGUUGUGGAGACAAGACUACGGCAAAAACACCAUGGGGGACCUCCCUCGGGACCCGGCGGAAACUAUCGACCACCUCGGGAAGACCAUGCAAAGUCUUAAGGAUCGGCUCGGGAAUUUGGAGCAGCAGAUACGGACGAACGGGUCGGCCGCGGCGCCCUCCGGCGAGAUGCGCGACCUGCUGAAGGGCCGGCUGAGCGAGCUGGAGAAGCAGCUCCUCGGCAAAGUGGCCGAGCUGGAGGAGGAGAAGUCCCAGCUGUACAACGAGACCACGGCCCACCGCCAGCGCACCGAGAACACCCUCAACCAGCUGCUGGAGAGGAUCACCGAGCUGGAGAGAGGAAACAGCAAGUUUAAAUCGCCGGAGGAGUUCAAGCUGUCCCUGCCGCUGCGCACCAACUACCUGUACGGGCGCAUUAAGAAGAGCCUGCCGGAGAUGUACGCCUUCACCAUCUGCAUGUGGCUCAAGUCCAGCGCCAGCCCCGGCAUCGGGACCCCCUUCUCCUACGGCGUGCCUGGCCAGGCCAACGAGAUCGUGCUCAUCGAGUGGGGCACCAACCCCAUGGAGCUGCUGGUCAAUGACAAGGUGGCACAGCUGCCCCUGUCAGUGGGCGACGGGCACUGGCACCACGUCUGCAUCACCUGGACAACCAGGGACGGGUACUGGGAGGCCUAUCAGGACGGGGAGAAGCUGGGCUCCGGCGAGAACCUGGCCCCCUGGCACCCAAUUAAACCGGGAGGAGCCAUCAUCCUGGGCCAGGAGCAGGACAUCGUAGGCGGGCGUUUCGAUGCCACCCAGGCGUUUGUGGGGGAGCUGAGCCAGUUCAACGUGUGGGACCGCGUCCUGCGGCCGGCCGACAUCGAGGGCCUGGCCAACUGCUCCUCGUACAUGCCGGGGAACGUGGUGCCCUGGGUGGACAGCAACGUGGAAGUGUUCGGCGGCGCCACCAAGUGGGCACUGGAGAUGUGCGAGGACCGCGUGUACGACUCGUAAAGGACCCGCCGCGAUUCCACAGAGACGCGGGAAGAAUACCCCCCCAGUGGCCCCCUACCCCUACCCCUUCCCUCCCAAGUGACCCCCCUAUGGCUAUGACACACCACGGCAACAAUGGUUUGACGGGUCAUAGAUCGCUCAUAACCUGUUGCUGGAUCUUGUUCCCAUUUCAACUGGCUGGUAAGAGGGUUUUAUUCAUUUUUUCGGGGGGGGGGGGGGGGGGGGGAAGGCUGUUUGUUUGAAUAAUAUGUAUUCACUGUGUUCAUAAACUUAUAUGCAUAUGCAUGUGAGUCAGCUGUCGGUUAGCAAAUUGUUGGUUUACAUUUAUUUUACCUUUGCUUGUGUUGUCUGGCUUUCUGUCAAUGUGUUGAAAAUGUAAAGUUAGAAAAGAUUUCAGAUUGCACUCUCUUUCUCCUGAUUGUUGACAAUUUUUGCGUGACCUGAGGUUUUAAAAAAAAACUUUUUACAACUGCUUUUGGAAUAUUUUUUAAAUAUUUUGUUGUUUCUAUGUGCUUUUACAUGAAAUCACGACAUGCAGGAGCUGAUCUGUCAAUUUGACAAUCACAGCCUAAUCCUGAAUUUAUGACAUUGUCUCCAGUGCGACCUGUGUUUCUAAACACACCAGGAGCACUUUACAAUGGAGGACAAAGAAUGUGAACACAAUCAAACUGUAUGUUGUACACUGCCACAGGCGAACAGAAUGUAUGCCGUUUGACAAGUUCACAAACACACACACACACACAAAACACAUGUGUGCGCGCACACAUACUUGCACAUACAAAAACACGUGUGUACACACGCUUGCACAAAACACACACAUGCAAAAAUGCACUUGUGUACUCAACACGUUAGGCCUUCCAAAUCUUUCAUUUGGAAGUUUGUGUGUCCAAGACACUAGUACACUAGUGUCACUAUUGGUCCCCAGGAUCCCUUCUGGUAUUCUUACGAGGACUCUGAAGCACACUUCUCCCAAAAUCCUCGCUAUAACUGUAGCCUUACACAAUUUCUGACAAAAAAAAAAAAAACAACAAUCAACAUUUUUGUAAAAUGUAUGUUUCUGAACAUUCAUGGAAACUGAACUGCGCUUGGUCACACCCCUUGAUGAUUCCAGAAGAUGCAUGAAAGUUCAAUGCUUCAGCAUCACCAGUAGGAAGCCAGGACCUGGUACAAACGGAGUAACACAGAGUACCUGCUGGGUCUAUGAUAGUGCUGUACCUGUGGUACGUAGUGUGCCAGCAUACCCUGAUUUCCAAAACCAAUAAUUAUCCUUAGCUUAGCCCCCUGAGCCACAGUGCUGCACUGACCAGCACUGUCACACGUGCAGUACAUGUGCAUUAGUGCACUGCAUAGUCCCUUGCUCUUAUGACCAUUACACACUGUGCGCGAGUGUGCUUUAUCGCGGGCGGCCCUCGGCCUCGUCGCGUUUGUUACUCUGCACUAGCUGGGUCUCGCCACCACGGCCUUUUGGGCUCGCUCUUGCGCAAGAGCAUCUGCCAAAUAAGCGAAAUGAAAAAUGACCACUUUAAAAAUUUUAAACAUUUUGCUACGCAAGUAAAAACCUGUGACUGUGUACACAAAAUGAAUUCUAGCCAGCCCAUUUUUUGGAUGGUGUGUAAUUAUGGCGAGAGGGUUUUCACCUCUUCAGAGAAUUACCAGUUGCACACCAACAUUAAACACAAACGGAGUAGGUCUGCACCAAUGAGACCGCGCUCUCUGAUCUGCCCUGAGAGAAGGGAGCUUCUCCUGCUGAGAUUAAACAGGCUCUGUGUUUAAAGGUUUUAAACAAACCGCUUUUCUCUACUUGGCCUUUGUCAUGCCAGUCUGAUGCCAAAAUCUUGUGAACUUGUGCAUGUGUGGUUGUCUGGAUUUGUUUUAUUCAAUUUUCUUUUCUUCCAGUUUUUAUGCAGUAUAUUCUGAUGUUAAGUUAGAUGUAUUUGAUUUGUCCAGCAAUGUGUGAUCUCUAUUCAUAUGAAAGACAUAUGAGGGAGGGGGGAAAUAAUUAAUGAUCAACUGGUGUAUAAUUUGGUUGGUUUAGAGCUGUCAUUCACAUUUUACAAUAAUAUUCAGGAGCGAGACCAAAAUAUGAGUUGCUGAGGUUAUACAAAAAGAACAUCUCCAAAUACAGCAUGAAGCCAGUCCAUUAGAAUAAAAUUACUUUUUUUUUUUGAUGAAAAGAUUCACAGACAACACCUCAGCAAAAUUUACAGGCCGUGUGUUCAGGUGGAUCGUACGAACAACAUUACCCACAAUUCUGGACACUGCAAUUUAAUGGCCACCAGGGCAGCUCAGUUGUACCAUGGGAAAAGACUGUGGCCAUGUCACUUUACUCAUAGACAAAACAGUGGAGGCUCAGCCAAUCACAGAGUACAUUUGAUGUUUGUUGGAUACUUUCUGGCUACUUCCUGAUAAUUUGCACAGGGACUUUUGAAAAUUUAGGCAGAAAGUAUCCACCAAUCAUUGUGGGCAUUGUUCUACUGGUUGUUGCCAAUUCACUCCAUAACUUGCGGAGCUCCUCUCCAUUUUCUAUGAGUGAGGAGACAUCACCACCUUCAUCCCAAUAAAAUAUGUAAAAUGCAAGCCAUAUGCUGCUCAGAACAAGAAUUCACUAAAGCUAGGUCCGUUUAAAAGAAGAUGUUUCAAAAUUCUGUGACUUCUGUGAAAUUUGUGAGCUCAAAAUAUUUAAACAAUAGAAAUAUUGGGGGAGGGACGGUCAUUGAAAGAAUGUAACAAUGAAGACUAUUUUAAAGAAAUUACACAAUUAAGCUAUUAUGAAUUACUGAUGAAGCAUUUAUUCUAUGUACAUACCUCAUAUGUUCUCUGUGCGUUUUUGUAAAUGCAUCAUUUGUUCCAGAAAAUACUAUUUUUUAAAAAUAGAUUAAAUAUUUUAUGUAUAUAUGUAUAUUUCUACUCAAAAACUGAACUGUUUGUUUGUGUAUGUGUAAUUGCAUUGUUGCUCUGUGCUAGGAAAAUGAGAAUUAAUGUUAUUUCACCUCGUUCUCCUUCCUGUCCUGUGUGAAUUGAUUCUCUCGAUAUGUGUAAGCAGAAAAGCUGCUUGGUGGAGACCUGGUUCUUUUAAGCACUGUAAACCCACCUCCAAGCAACAGGUCCUGGCCCCCUGUGAGGGGCUUUUGUUUAUUUGCUCUUCUCAUUGUUUGAUUAUUAAAUAAAGCAUAUUUAAGAAAGUUUAA